AUGGCUCAGAACAUAGGAUUCGACGUCAACCCGGGUGGGACUCGUCUUGUGAUCGGCCAGAUUGUGUUCCUUGUCCUUGCUUGGAUAGUAUGUUUACUCCGAUUGUACGUCAAGGCCUUUAUGCAGAAAAGGGUUCUGUCGGAUGACUGGUUCAUGUUCGCAAGUCUGGCUGUCUAUACCGCGUACGGCGCCAUCGCCAUUCACGGAGUCGCUGCGGGCGGUACAGGAAAGCACACCGAGGAACUUACGCCAUCCGGAAUCGAAGUAGCUCUGCGGGCUUGGUACUUCUGCGAGGUUCUAUACGCACCUCUGUCAGCUCUUAUACGAACUUCUAUCGCCAUUUUCAUCCUGAGAUUGGCGACCAAGCCAUGGCAGAAGUGGACAAUAUGGAUCAAUAUCACUGUCAUUUGGCUGAUAUCGAUCGUGUAUUUCUUUCUCAUGGCUUUGCAAUGUCUUCCUUCGAAUUACUUUUGGCAGGGUCCGAUAGCCGUCCCGGAAGUUAGAGGCUCCUGCAUGGACCAUAACGUGGUCCCCAUCGCGACCAUAGUACACAGCAUCGUCAGUGCCGUGUCUGACUGGACUUUGGGGUUGCUCCCCAUCGCCAUGCUCUGGAAGGUCAAUAUCAACCGCCGAACGAAAAUCAGUAUCGCCGUGCUCCUCGGUAUGGGACUUGUUGCCGGUAUUGCUUUGUUCAUACGCAUCCCAUAUGUCAAGAGAAUCGCGAUAUCCGCAGAUUUCCUUUUCGAUACAGUCAGUCUCGCGGCCUGGUCGGUCAUCGAACCAUCCUUGGGAAUCAUGGCCGGUUCGAUAGCAGCCAUCAGGCCACUGUUCAAGACAUGGGGAUUCGGCCUCAGCCGCAGUCGCCGAUCCGGCAUCGGAAGCGGGAAACGUGUCGUCAAUAAGUGGCGCGCAUCACGGAGCCUGAGAAAGCUGCCUCAGCCGGGCAAUAGCGGUAUCGGUUCCGGUCAAGCUUCUGGACCUAGGGGACACUUGGCGUCGGGCUCAACCACCUCGGAGCAGGCGCUGAAAAACUACGAGGCUAUCUCGUCGCGACGACAUACUCUGGAGGCAUAUGAAAUGGCGGAUCGAGAUGUCGAGUUCGGUUUGGGUUCUGAGGAUCAAAGGCCAAGACCGGGCUCCUGGACCCCGAACUUAUAG